UAGAAGCUCAAAAGGUACUUAAUUACAGAAUGCCAUUGAAGCAGGAGCAGUAGUACUAGUGAAAGUGAUGCAGUAAAAGUGAACUCAAAUCAAUCAAUCAAUGGCUUCUCUCAACUCCAUCUCUAUCUUUUCCACAACUCUUAUUAUAAUCAUCAUUUCUUUACUUACCAACUCCACUGAAUCUUUGUUAUGUACCAACAAACCUCUCAUUUUCAACUUUGGUGAUUCCAACUCCGACACCGGUGGUCUUGUCGCCGGUCUUGGUUACUCCGUCGCUUCUCCCUACGGCCGUACUUUUUUUGGCAAACCCACUGGUCGUCUCUCUGAUGGCCGUCUCAUCAUCGAUUUCCUAUGUCAAAGUGUGAAAGCAAAGUUUUUGCCUCCAUACUUGGAGUCAUUGGGUUCAACAUUUUCAAAUGGGGCCAACUUUGCUGUGGUCGGGUCCUCGACGCUCCCUAAGUUCGUACCAUUUGCUUUAAACGUUCAACUUAUGCAGUUCCUUCACUUCAAGUCCAGGUCUGAUGAGCUUUUUGCCGCAGGUUCACAAAAUAUGAUCAGUAAUGAUAGGUUCCAACGUGCACUUUAUAUUAUCGACAUAGGCCAAAAUGACAUUGCUGAUGCGUUUGCCAAGAAGUAUUCGUAUGCCCAGGUGAUCAAAAGAAUACCAUCUGUACUUGCAGAAAUCAAGAAUGCCAUAAUGACUCUACACGAUCAUGGUGGCAGAAAGUUUUGGGUUCACAAUACUGGUCCACUGGGUUGUCUGCCUCAGAAACUUUGGUUAGUUCAACCAACGACUACACAACUGGAUCCAAAUGGAUGUAUUUCAACCUACAACACUGCUGCAAGUUUGUUUAAUGAGGGACUCCGCCACUUGUGCACACAAUUGAGGUCAGAAUUGAAGGAUUCAACAAUCAUUUAUGUUGAUAUUUACUCAAUCAAGUAUGACCUCAUUGCAAAUGCUAACAAAUACGGUUUUUCAAGCCCAUUAACGGCAUGUUGUGGCUUCGGAGGGCCUCCAUAUAACUACAACAUAAAUGUCACAUGUAGCCAUGGUGCUGCUCAAGCAUGCGCUCAAGGAUCUAAGUUCAUUAGUUGGGACGGGAUACAUUUGACCGAGGCAGCUAAUUCCAUAGUGGCUGCAAAAAUACUUUCUCAAGAAUAUUCCACGCCUCGUUUGCCAUUUGAUUUCUUUUGUCACUGAUUGUAAUUUAGUCCUUUAAGAUAUAUAUAUAUAUAUAUAUGCAUAUCUGAGUCUACCACGCAAGUAGCUUCGUUCGAGUUGUUCCAUCUGUCAUACUCGAAAUCUUCUCCUUUAUGAGUUUUACAUAACGAAUGAAAUGUAUUUCCUUCUUAUAAAACUACAAUGAAUAUCCAGAUUUGGUUCUUGGGUUGAUAA